AUGAAAACUGCAGUGACCCUCCUGGCUCUCUCUUUCCUUCAUGUCUGCUCUUCAGUACCUGUGAGCCGUCCAACAAACUGGCUCAGACAAUGCCGUGCUUCUACCAACCUCUCCAUCACAGCACUGGAGGUGCUGCCAGGUGGAGGCUGGGACAACCUCCGGAACAUGGACAUGGGUCGAGUCAUGAACCUCAGCUACUCCCAGUGCCAGACUACUGAGGACGGGCUCUACCUCAUUCCAGAUGAAGUGUUUGUCAUCCCCCAAAAACAGACAGGUGUGGAGACCAGCUCAGAGAUCAUCAGUUCCUGGCUUGAGCAGAAAAGCUCGACAUCUCACUCCAUUAAUGCUGACAUAUCCUUCCUCACGGUGCUCAAUGGUAAAUUUUCUGUUGAGAACACUAGAAUGAAAACCCAUCAGGUCAAAGACUCAUCAACCACAGCCAGAGUGCAGGUAAGCACAACUUUUUAUCCUGGCAUCACUCUGCAGAAGUGGCAGGAAAGUACCAGAAACAACCUCGUUGCCAUCGAUCGUUCAGGAUUUCCUCUGCACUAUUUUAUAAACACCAACACUCUCACUGAUCUGCCACACCCUACGAUUGGAAAAGUUGCUCUUAAAGUCAGUCAGGCUGUAGAGCGCUACUACAAGAUCAAUACUCGCCCUGGAUGUGUUGAUGUCAACUCCAAGAACUUCAACUUCCAGGCUAACAUGGAUGAUAAUUCCUGUGAGGGUCCCGCUACAAAUCUUAGUUUUGGUGGUGUCUACCAAGAGUGUGUUAAAAUCAGCUCAGAUGCAGAUCCACUAUGUGAUGCCCUGGCCCAGAAAAACCCAGAUACAGGUGAUUUCUCCUGUCGUCCACCUUACUCACCAACUUUACUCAGAUCAGAGGUGAGACUUCAGAGUUACUCUAAGUAUGAAUGUCAUAGGGAAAGUCAUUCCUGUUGGGGUUUUUUCACUUGUCAUAAAACGCGUUGUCAAGACAACAACUAUGUUCGUUCUGCUCGCAUCAACACCUACUGGUGCUCUAUAAAUGGACAGGCUCCAGAAAACUCAGGGUAUCUGUUUGGCGGUAUAUACAGCCCCUCGCUCCUGAACCCCCUCACGAAAAGCAAAAGUUGUCCCCCAAAUUUCAUUCCAGUAAAUUUUUUCUCAGAUGGUGAGGUGAUCUGUAUGAGUAAUGACUAUGAGGCAGGUACCAGAUUCUCAGUACCAUUCGGAGGUCUCUUCAGCUGUCAGUCAACCAACCCACUGGCAAGUAAUCAACGCAGGUGCCCUCCCAAGUUCAGUCAGCACCUUGCUGCAAUCAGUGAUGGCUGUGAAAUCCUCUACUGUGUUCAGUCUGGACUGUUCACAGGUGGGGAGCUUAAACCAAUUCGUCUGCCUCCAUUCACAAAACGUCCACUUAUCAGCAUGCAAGCCACCAACACAGUAAUGGUGAUGACUGAAGGAGAAAACAGCUGGGUGAGAGUGGGCCAGACCAAAAUGUGGAAACUUGCCAAAACAGAAGAAAUCCAGGAAAUUGUUCAAGGCCUUAACCCUGAAGUCAGUCAAAUGUCUAAUGGAGAAAAGGCAGGUGUAGUUUUUGGUGUGAUGGGUGUGAUGCUGAUGGUGGCCAUAGUGGGAGUGGUCCUAUUCAAGAGGAGGAGGAGGAUGUCAGGGUUUAGAAGCAGAGGUUAUGAGGAAAUACGUGAAGAAGUUGAGAGGGAGUCACAGGAAGAUGAGGCUCCUGAGCAGAACACAGCUUAGAAGCUUAAUCACUCACAUAGAGAAAUUAAACCGGUGUGGCAGGUUUAGCUUUGAACUUCUCUUUUGAUUGUCUCCACAUUCAUGCUUCUUACAGCACUGAAAAAUACUUACAUUUAAGAGCUUCUAUUUUUAAUCAGUCUUUACAUUACUUUAGUUUAUUAUGCUCCACAUUUUGUACUUUAACCUGUAGACUAUUAACAUAUAUGCAGGGAGAAAUGACUUUGUAGCAGUCUGCCUCUUAAAUCACCAGAUGGAGCCAUCAAAAAGGGAAAGCAGGGGUGAUUUUUAUACUAAGGCCCAAGAUGCAUAAGAUCAUGCUGUAAAAUUCUUUUGUAAAUAUCUAAGCACUGUAUGCAUGACUUUGUUUGCAAAUACUUUCAAGAAAAACAUGUAUAAUAGAUCAUCUGAGAAGGGUUUUCAUUUUUUCCACAAUAUAUUCUAAUAAACAAUCAAAGAAAAAGACA